UCCUUUUAAAGGGGAUUCUGGGUACAGCAUGCAUCUUUCCGUCUCUCUCUCUUUGGCGUGCAAGUAAAGAACUGAAUAAAACAACGGUGACUAAAAUAAAAGGAAUAUAACUAGACCGAUUGAGCUACGUAGUUAAAUGUAGGAAAUACUGAAUGAAGAAGAGACGAAAGUUAUAUUCACUCAGGAUCAAGAACUGGCAUUGCCCGAGCAAAAUUUCUUUGCAAGAGAACAGCCUUUCUCUUCUGCAUCAGUCACUUCCUUCCUCAGCCUCUUCCCCCUCCUCGGUGUGCUGAAGAGGACGACCCGGCCCGCACCGACGCUGCACCAGCUUUUCCUCGGAAAGUCACAAGAGGCGGAAAGGCAGCAAUGAAUGUGGAUCACGAAGUUAACCUUUUAGUGGAGGAAAUCCAUCGUCUAGGUUCAAAAAAUGCUGAUGGGAAGUUAAGCGUGAAAUUUGGGGUCCUCUUCCGAGAUGACAAGUGUGCCAACCUCUUUGAAGCAUUGGUGGGAACUCUCAAAGCUGCAAAACGAAGGAAGAUUGUUACGUACACAGGAGAGUUGCUUUUGCAAGGUGUUCAUGAUGAUGUGGACAUUAUAUUGCUGCAAGAUUAAUGUGGUUUACCUUUGUUUAUUAUUAUUUUUUGUUUCUGGUCAACUGGAAUAUUAAGUCAAAGGACAAACAUGAGCAUACUUAAUGUAUUUUUAUAGAACUUUGUAAACAAAAGGAGACUCUUAUUUUAAAAGUCUGUCCCUUUUUAUACCUUGAAAGAGAACUUAUGAAUUACACUGUAAAAUAAACAAAACCUAUUAUUUUUCUCAGGAAUCUGACUGGAAAAAUGUAGGCAUGGAGGCUUUUUUGGUGAGGGUGCAAGAGUGUUUAUAAAUAAUUCUUAGACAAUCUUUACAGAUAGUUGACAUUCCAUAAAAGAGGCCAAACUGAAGACCAGCUCCCACAAGCAAUAUUAUAAUGUUUAUGUAAUAAAAACAGGUAACUAUC